UAUCCUUUUCGGCACCACCCCACCCAGUUUACCUAUCCUUCGUCCAUUGCCCUACAGCUCUUCAUUGUGCUCGGGCUUCACCCUUCUCAUCGCCUAAUAUUAUCCUUCCACCAUGCCACCAAAUGCAAAGUUCAAUACGUUGGAGAGGGAGCGGAUUUUCAAGAACCCUUCUGACAAGUCUUUCCAGACGCCGGCUCUGCAGGAGUUGGUGGCACCCCAUAUUGAGGCUUUCAAUGCCCUAACAGAGUUUGGCGCUGGCUCAAAGACAGGUCUACUUGACUUAGCCAUCGAGGAUAUCGGCCCCAAGGCUGUGUUCGAUAAACAUGGCGGUGGACUUGGCAAUAAGUUGACUUACUGGGUGGAUGAAAUCUCACUAAGCAAGCCCAUGCUCUCUGAAAAAGAACGUUACUCAAAAACUCGCCAGAUCUAUCCCACCGAGGCUAGAGAAAGACUCAACACCUAUAAAGGAAAAUUGCAAGUUAAGCUUGCAUGGCGUGUCAACGAUGGACCCGUUGUUGUUGAGAAUCGUGAUAUGGGUCUGGUACCGGUCAUGAUUCGAUCCAACCGAUGCAAUCUGGAUGGCGCUUUCCCAAAGGAGCUUAUCAAGCAUCAUGAAGAAUCAGAAGAGUUUGGAGGAUACUUUCUAGUCAACGGAAUUGAAAAGUUAAUUCGUCUAUUGAUCGUUCCACGCCGCAACCACGUCAUCGCCUUGAUCCGCUCCAGUUUCACCAACCGUGGGCCUACAUACUCUAGCUACGGUACAGCCAUCCGAUGUGCGAGACCUGAUCAAACUUCUCAUACCAACACUGUCCACUAUUUGACCGAUGGAGGUAGCAUGCUCAGAUUUGCGUGGAGAAAGCAGGAAUACCUAGUCCCUACUAUGUUGAUUUUGAAGUCAUUAAUUGAGACCUCGGAUAAGGAGAUUUUCGACAGUAUUAUGUUAGGUGACUUGGGCAACACCUUCUUAACAGACCGUGUUGAACUUAUGCUUCGCAGCUUCAAAACAUAUGCUCUUCAUACGCGCGAGCAGUGUUUGGCCUACCUUGGAGAUAAAUUCAGAGUCGUCAUGGGUUUUCCUGAAGAUCACACUGAUGUCGAGGUUGGUGAGGGGUUGCUUCGCAAGAUCAUCCUUGUUCACUUGAAGAAUAACCGGGACAAAUUUAAUCUUUUAAUCUUCAUGAUUCGCAAGGUCUAUGCUCUUGUCGCUGGUGAGUGUGCACCCGAUAAUCCAGAUUCUCCUCAGCAUCAAGAAGUGCUCUUGGGCGGACAUUUGUACGGCGCCAUUAUCAAGGAGAAGAUUGAAGAUUGGCUGAACGGCAUUAGAGCACAGAUCAACCAGGAUGUUCGUCGCAAGCUUGCGGGCGUCGACUUUUUGGAUAACCAUUACUUCACAAAAACACUUCAGAAGCUCUCGGGUUUGCAGGAUAUUGGUCAAAAAAUGUCCUAUUUCUUAGCCACUGGAAACUUGGUAUCAAAUACGGGUCUGGAUUUGCAGCAAGCAACUGGUUACACCAUCGUUGCUGAAAAGCUCAACUUUUAUCGUUUUCUGGCUCACUUCCGUUGUAUCCAUCGUGGUUCUUUCUUUGCCGAACUCAAGACUACCACUGUUCGUAAGCUGCUUCCAGAGGCCUGGGGUUUCUUGUGUCCAGUUCACACUCCCGAUGGUUCGCCUUGUGGUUUAUUAAAUCACCUGUCUCACACCUGUAAAGUUAUCACACAGCCAGCUAACGUCUCUCGUCUGCCCUCAAUAUUGGCAUCAUUGGGAGUGUCUCAGACCUUGGUCCCCGCAAACGGUCAGAACACAGUAGUUAUCCAGUUGGAUGGACGUAUUGUUGGAUAUUGCUCAUCACAGAAGGCCAAAGAAGUUGCUGAUGCUCUUCGUCAGUAUAAAGUUAGUGGCGCAUACCAAGGAGCCGUUCCACUCGAUCUCGAACUGGGAUAUGUCCCUGUCUCGCAAGGCGGUCAGUAUCCUGGUCUUUACAUCUUUUCUACUCCAGCACGUAUGAUGCGCCCGGUACGCUACCUGGCCAAUGGUAAAACCGACAUGGUUGGGUCGUUUGAGCAAGUUUACAUGGAAAUCGCCUGUAUGGACGACGAAGUUCGUCCUGGCGAGAGUACACAUCAGGAGCUCGCCCCCACAAGCAUGCUUAGUAUUCUGGCCAACUUGACGCCCUUCUCAGACUUUAACCAGUCUCCUCGUAAUAUGUACCAGUGUCAAAUGGGUAAACAGGCAAUGGGAACGCCUUCUACUGCCAUCAAGUAUCGUACCGAUAAUAAGAUGUACCGUCUGCAGACUGGACAAACACCUGUUGUCCGCCCCGCACUUCAUGACACUUAUGGUAUGGAUGGAUUCCCCAACGGUAUGAAUGCUGUUGUCGCUGUCAUCUCGUAUACUGGUUAUGAUAUGGAGGAUGCUAUGAUCUUGAACAAGUCUUCACAUGAGCGUGGAUUUGGUUAUGGUACUAUCUACAAGUCUGAGAUUGUGGAUUUAAGCGACUUUAGGAUUCGCGGAGAACCUAUUCUUCACCACUUUGGCCUAGGCUUAGAUGCCCCGCGCGCUUGGAGAGAAAAGCUGGAUAAGGAUGGUCUUCCGUUUAUUGGAGUCACAUUAAGGGAAGGCGAUCCUCUCUGUGCUUACAUUGACGAUACCACGGGCAAGACUUCGAUCAAGAAGUACAAGAGCAUGGAGGAAGGUAUUGUUGAUGAAGUCCGCCUUUUAGGAUCAGAUAAUGGUGACACUGAGCUCCAGAAGAUCCACAUUAAGCUUCGCAUCACACGUUCACCCAUUAUUGGAGACAAAUUUUCAUCUCGUCAUGGACAGAAGGGAGUUUGUUCACAAAAAUGGCCGGCAGUCGAUAUGCCUUUUUCAGAAUCAGGUAUCCAGCCUGAUGUCAUUAUCAACCCUCAUGCUUUCCCUUCACGUAUGACAAUCGGAAUGUUUGUGGAAAGUUUGGCAGGAAAGAGUGGCGCACUUCAUGGAAUUGCACAGGAUGCGACGCCCUUUACUUUUAAUGAGCAAUUCACAGCAGCAGAUUAUUUUGGAGAGCAACUCAGGGCUGCCGGAUAUAACUACCAUGGUAACGAGCCUAUGUACAGUGGUAUCACAGGAGAAGAGUUCAAAGUUGAUAUUUAUCUUGGGGUGGUUUACUAUCAACGUCUUCGUCACAUGGUUUCUGAUAAGUACCAGGUGCGUACGACAGGUCCGGUCCACAACUUGACGAUGCAGCCUGUCAAGGGUCGUAAGCGUGCAGGAGGAAUCCGUUUCGGAGAGAUGGAACGUGAUUCGCUGCUUGCACACGGAACUUCCUUUUUAUUGCAGGAUCGCUUGAUGAAUUGUUCAGACUAUUCACUUUGCCAUGUAUGCACAAGGUGUGGAAGUAUCACAUCACCUAUCUCUGCGCAUGCUUCGGGAUCCCUGUCUAGUGUGCGUGAGAUUGAGUGCCGAGCCUGCCAAACAUCAUCAGGUAUCGAUCAGAUCGCAUUGCCCUAUGUGUUCCGAUACCUUGCAACGGAACUCAUGGCCAUGGGUAUCAAGGUGACAUUAAAGACACAACCUUAGAUAAAUAUCAUUCAGAUGAAAAGGAGUACGAAGUAGACCAUCUAUCUUUUUUUUUUUUU